AUAAAUAGUAACAUUCCACCUAGUUGGUUUAUGUUGUAAAAUUAUAGCUUGAAUAUAUUUUUUAAGUAUUAAUGAAUGUUAGAAACAAAAAUUAGAUUAUUUAAUUUUUUAAGUAUGCUGUUGGCUAUAAUGAUUUCUUGGCGGUUUAACUUUAUUUGUUUUUGUGAUAAUGGGUAGAGCUUAACAAUGUUGUUUAUUAGCCAUUCUCAGAGCCCAAAUAUUCCAUGAAGCUCGCAUAAAAUAAUUUAACUAAAAUCUUAAUCCCAUACAGAAGCAGUGUAUACAAAUAAUCUUGCAAAAUGCCUUGUGAAAUCAUAACAUUACAGUUGGGUCAAUGUGGAAAUCAAGUUGGUUUUGAGUUCUGGAAAAAACUUUGUUCUGAGCAUGGUAUUAGUUCUGAUGGAAGGUUAGAACAUUAUGCUACUGAAGGAACUGAUCGUAAAGAUGUUUUCUUUUACCAAGCUGAUGAUGAGCAUUAUAUCCCUAGAGCUGUACUACUUGAUUUAGAACCAAGGGUUAUCCAAUCAAUUAAAAAUUCCCAGUAUGCAAAGCUCUACAAUCCUGAAAAUAUUUAUCUAUCAAAAGAUGGUGGAGGUGCUGGAAAUAAUUGGGCAUCUGGGUAUUCACAAGGGGAGAAAUUGCAAGAAGAAAUAUUUGACAUAAUAGAAAGAGAAGCUGAAAACAGUGAUAAUCUUGAAGGAUUUGUAAUGUGCCAUUCAAUAGCUGGAGGGACUGGAUCUGGAAUGGGUUCUUAUCUUUUAGAGACAAUUCACGAUAAGUUUCCUAAAAAGUUGAUCCAGACGUACAGUGUUUUUCCCAACCAAGAUGAAAUAAGUGAUGUAGUAGUACAGCCUUAUAAUUCAGUUUUGACUCUGAAGAGGUUAACUGAAUCUGCCGACUGUGUGGUAGUCCUGGAUAAUACGGCACUCAACAGGAUAGCAACAGACAGGCUUCACAUUCAACAGCCGACCUUCUCCCAGAUCAAUGGUCUCGUGUCAACGAUCAUGUCUGUAAGCACCGCAACACUAAGAUACCCUUCGUAUAUGAACAGUGAUUUAAUUGGUCUAAUCGGUCCUCUUAUUCCGACACCUCGACUCCAUUUCCUCAUGACAGGAUACACACCUUUAACAGGCGAAAAAGAGGAGACAUCUGUUAUGAAAACAUCUGUAAUGGAUGUAAUGAGACGACUUCUACAACCUAAAAACAUGAUGGUCUCGACUGAACUUGACAGGCUUGGUUCUCAUUGUUAUAUUUCUAUUCUUAAUAUAAUUCAGGGAGAAGUCGAAGUUACCCAGGUCCAUAAGUCUCUUCACCGUAUUCGUGAGAGGAAGAUGAUACAAUUUAUCCCGUGGGGACCUAGCAGCGUUCAGGUGGCUGUGUCAAGGAAGUCUCCUUAUGUACAUACUGCCCACAGGGUUUCCGGCCUCAUGCUUGCCAAUCACACUAACAUUGUCUCUUUGUUCAAUCAAGUAUUGUCACAAUACGAUAAGCUACGAAAGCGUGAGGCAUUCUUGGAACAAUUCAGAAAACAGGCCAUGUUUCAGAAUAACUUAGAAGAGUUAGAUAUAUCCAGAGAUGUUAUUCAAAAUUUGGUCGAUGAAUAUUACGCUGCUACAAAACCUGAUUACCUCACAUGGAAACCUGCUAACCUCACUAAUAAAGCUAAUAAGCCUUCUUCUGAUGACAGCCUUGGUAUGUGAGAAGUUAAUGGGGGAGUGAUUGUUAGUUUUUUAAUUUAAAAAAAAAAAAGUAGCGUCCCACCUUUUGUGAUUGUUAAAAACCAGUAAGUUACUGACAAAAUUACUAAGGUUACAGUCCUCGAAUCUCAUGCGAUAGUUACGAUUUAUUUAUAUAGUGUAUUAAUAUUGUAGCAAUACUUAUUUAUAUAUUAUAUUAAAGCUGCCAUCUUUGUUAUACUUUGUUUAAUACAUUUGAUUUU